CACGAAUCUUGGCUUUAUGUUCUUCUGAAAGUGGGGCGCGUUUUCCAGCAGCUAAUUUCUUGCCCAGCAUAGCUUUGCUUAAUUUAGCCCGGUGUUGCAUUGACAGCGAACUUCGCUUUGGCUUUUUUUGUGAAGUCACAAUAGCAGUACUCAUUUGGGUAAGUGUGUUAUCGUCUAAAAGGCCUGCGGCUGACGUCGCCUCAAGCAUCGUACUUUUUUGAGAAGAGAUCGGCUUAUCUUUGCUUUGUGUCAACACUAUGUUUUUACCAAGUCUAGCCGCUCGUAUUUUUUGUGAAAACUCGGCCGAAUGCUUAAAUCCACGCAUGGAGCCCGCCAGUUUAUUGACAUUAUAAUGGGGGAGUAUUCAAUCAAAAAAAUACUGUUCUCUCGCAAUUAACUCAAAUAAGUUUGAUACAUACUCUAAGACUCCAAAUUGAAAUUGUGACCAACCAUGUUUACGUACAGCAUUGUAGAAUCGAGGACAUGAGCCUUUCCCUUGAGCCACCUCCGAUUGGUGUCGUUUUGUUCUUUUACUCAGAGUCGCCGUAGAGCCAAUGUAGACUUUGUCCAAUUCUAAUAUAUUUCGAUAUACAUAGACGCCGGGACUAUUGGUCUCAAAAUGUAGUAUCCGGCCGGAUUCAUCAAUGUUGUACCAAAGAAUGUUUAGUUUUUCAAAAAUUUGAUCUUCUUUGUUCAUUUUCUUUGUCUUAUUCUAAGCGCCUGCGGGUUGUCCGAUUAAAUUGGGAUUUCCCGCAUAUAGUCAAGUUGUCUAAAAUUACUGCAUCGCUACUUUUCUUGCGAAAAAUUAUGGCAUA